CUCUCACUCCUCCUCUCAUUCUGGCCAAGCUCCAUUCCUCAAUCUCCUCCUCUCUCUCUCUCUCUCUCUCUCUAAACCAAACUGAACCUCAAAGCCUUUCACACUCUCCUCUCACAAAUUCAAAACUUCGAAAAUCAAAUUUCCGUUACGAAAUGAAAUUCCGAUCGAUCCGAGCGAUGCAGAGCCUCGAAAUGGCGCCGGCUCGCCUGAAGACAACGAAGAAGCUCCGGUCGGAGCUACCUCGCCGGAGGCGAACUCAGAUCUCUCCGAUUCUCUACUCGUCGCAGAAACCGAAUGCUCGCUGCAGUGAGGCCUCUGGUUUCUCUGUGAACUCGUACUUCGGCGGCGAAAUUUCGUGCGAGUCGAGCAGAGUCUCCGUUGGAUCGGAGAGUGAGGUGAGGUCGAGUUUGAAGAAGAGAAGCUUCGGCGAAACCGAAGCGCCGUCUCGGAAAGUUACUCGAUCGAGUUAUGGAGGAAAGGCGGUGAAGAUACCGGCCGCCGGAGACGGUGAAGUUGAGGCUUCUGAGUCGUCGUGCGUGGAGUCUAAUUCCGGAGCUGAUUUUGGAGGCUUCGUUCAGAGAAAGUUGAAGCUGAAGACUAAGAGCGGAAUUGCGAAGGUAAUUGGAGGUUCUGAAGCAGUUACCGAAUCAGCGAUUUCCGAGUCCGAUAAGGUCUCACUGAAAUUCAAGGAGCAAGAGGUCAUUUCACUCAACUCUGGCUUGCAAUUGUGCUCGGAAGCGACAGUAUCGGAGAGCAAGACGGCGAAAGACGGCGGUAACAAAGCACCGGAAUUUGAAUUCCACGGAGCGUCGAGCAACUACUUCGGUGAGAAUUUCGCCGUUUCAAACUCGGAAUCGACCAUAGAGCAGAGGCCACAGAGCUUUGGAUUGGACUCCGAUUUCGCUUGUACCGAGCAGUUCUGUUAUGACGACGGCUCCGAGUACUCUUCCAGUCAGACACUCUCGGAUUUCCAAUCGGAUCCUUUCCAGGAAAACUCGGAAAUAGAAUUCUCCGAUUACACGCCGUCGUUUUUCACCGAUUCUGGAAGCCAAUUCUCUCAGGGUUCAGUCGGAGACUCACCGUCACCUACUUUCGCCUUGCUUCUAAAAUACAGAGAAGAGUUUUCGAGAUCAGUCACUGCUUUAGAUCUCAACGCAGCUCCACGCGUUAACGAAGCGUAUAAGCAUGAAUCCUCAUUUCUCAAGUUCGGAGACGAUGAGGUGGAAGAGAGCUAUCAGAUGCUGAGGAAUAGAGAGAGGCUGAAAGUGUUUCUGCGUGACUACACCGAGGACUACUGUUCCACGACGGAGUACGGCGGCCUGAUUCUCCAGCAACGGUCGUACAUGGUCCGGUGGAUCGUUGAGAUAUCUACUGCAACUGGACUACAGCAGGAGACCAAGUUUCUAGGUGUGAACCUCCUUGACCGAUUUUUAAGCAAAGGAUUUUUCAAGAGCAAAAGGAUCCUUCAGAUUGUUGGAAUUGCCUGUCUAACAUUGGCCACCAGGAUAGAAGAAAAUCAGCCCUACAACAGUGUGCGGGAAAAGAGUUUCUAUGUAGGAAGCAAUGUGUACAGCAGAUGUGAAGUGGUGGCAAUGGAAUGGCUAGUGCUGGAGGUCCUCAACUUCCAGUGCUUUCUGCCCACCACCUAUAACUUCUUAUGGUUCUACCUGAAAGCUGCUGAAGCUGAUGAAGAGGUGGAGACAAGGGCCAAGUACCUGGCAGGGCUGCAGCUUUCGGACCCUGUGCAGUUAUGCUACUGGCCCUCAACAGUUGCGGCUGCACUCGUCAUCCUGGCUUCUUUAGAAGGAAAUGAUGCAUCCCCCCAACAAGUCCUAGACACUCAUAUGAGAACAGACGGUGAUGAUUUACAUGAAUGCAUAGAGAGCCUAGAGUGGUUGUUGAGGCGUUUGAUAGCACGCUAAGAUGUAAACGCACACCGACAUCACUAUUCUGAUUGCUGACUCUCCCCUCAAGCAAAGCCAUAUCGGGAAGGUCGAUCGUGGAUAACUCUUCUAAGGCCUGGUCACUAGGUAAAACAUAUCUGAUUCUUUUGUCAAUAAUAGGACAGUGUUGCUAGAAUUACACUUUUCUUAAAAGUUGUAGACAGAGUUUGUAAAUGUUGAUGGCCUGUUAAGGACCGUAAGUUGAUUGAAACUCUUCUGUGUUGAAAAGUUCAUCAGCGCUCAAUGACUACUCAUUACAAAAGAAAUUACCGGGUGGUUCAGGAAAACAAAACGUUUUCCCUGUUCAGUUUCUCAAGUUUCCUUAUCGUUUACAAGAGAUGUCUGAGGUUAUUUAGCAUGUAUCACAUUCUAACAUAUACUGGCUGCUUUGCUAAGAAUUG